CAAUCAAAGCUCCUGCAGAUCUUGGGAAGCUGGAACAACCUGUCCAGUCUACAAAAUACUUUUCAGGUAGACGCACCACCCAGUCCAUGUAGAAGAAUGGCAGGAUGGAAACUUUUACUCCAUAUGAUUCUGAUAUCUGUGAUGAUGAUGAGUUUAUUGCAAGUGCAGAUCUUAUAUGGACAACAAGUGGCAGAAGACUCGUGUACAAUUCAGAUCCUUGUCCCUGGACUCAAAGGAGAACCAGGAGAAAAAGGACAAAAAGGAGCACCUGGCAGACCGGGAAAAGUUGGCCCACCAGGAGAGAACGGACAACUUGGACUUAAAGGACAAAAAGGAAUUAUGGGACGUCACGGAAAAUUCGGCCCAAGUGGAAUAAAAGGGGUUAAGGGCGACAUGGGUGACCCUGGUCCAAGAGGCCCUAACGGAGAACCAGGUGUCCCAUGUGAGUGCACACCAAUGAGAAAGAUGAUUGGAGAAAUGGACAUUGUUGUGGCCCAGCUGUCCUCAGAACUGAACUUCAUUAAAAAUGCACUGCCCUCCCCUGCAGCUGUUGCAGGCAUAAAAGAGACAGACAGUAAGGUCUAUCUGUUGGUGAAGGAGGAGAAGCGCUACACCGACGCAGAGGCUUACUGCCAGGUGAGGGGAGGGCAUCUGGCCAUGCCGAAGGAUGACGGAGCUAACGCAGCUAUUGCAGGGUACAUAACAGAAGCAGGCCUGAGCAGAGUCUACAUUGGCAUUCACGACCUGGACCGUGAAGGCGUUUUCACCUACGUGGACCGCUCUCCCAUGACAACCUUCAGCAAGUGGAGAAAAGGGGAGCCCAACAACGCCUAUGAUGAUGAGGACUGUACUGAGAUGGUGGCGUCUGGGGAGUGGACUGAUGUGGCGUGCCAUCCCACCAUGUUCUUCAUUUGUGAAUUUGAUAAAGACUCUGUGUGAUUUUGAUCAACAAAGUGAGAGAGAAUGUGGAUAAAACCAGGCACAACUUGAUGUACUGUUUGAGAUCAUGCUUCCUGUAAAUAUAAAGAAAACAACAUGCAAGUUGUACAAAACAAAAGGAUGUUCUGUUUUAUUAUGGAUUUAACAAGCUAAUUAUUUUCUGAGCUUGCAGGAUCUUGAAGUUUGUUUUAAAUUCUUCUUAUUCUAAUCAUAUCCUCAGUACCAUAUUCUGCAAUUCUUUAACAUUUGCAGCUACAUGCCAUUGUAUUGAGUUUUCAUGGUAUGCAAAUAUCCUGUAAAAGUCUCAUUGACAAAUAGGGCAAAUAAGCAGAGGGCUAUAGAUUGUGUGGAAAAAUAUCCAAUUAAAAAACACAUUUUGGUUCCGGCUGAGUGCUUUUAAUCAAAAAGAAAGCAGCAUGCAUUCAGCAUUUAUAUUCAACAUGGUAAGAAAUGUGCAGGUUGCUGUACAAUAAACAUUGAUGGAUACAACACACAAAAAUAAAUUAUGUUUUACAGCUGA